GCUGCCAGCGUGGAACGGACGUCGCGCGUCAAGUCAGGAAGUAAAGUGUCCGGUUCAGCCUGCGGAAAUCGGAAAGAAGUCAGAGCUGGAAAUACGUGUCAGAUUCAACAUUUCAGCUCGCUUUCCCGAACAGUUGUGAAGGGACGCCGCGACGUUUCCCGGCCACAGAUUGUCUGCGUCCCAUUCCGCAGCAGACCCGCUCAGGCUGUCAGCGGUGGGCAGUGAAGCACACUCACACACCAAACACACCCAGAAACACCUUUGAUGAUGGUGGACUCCACGCUUACUCAAGUGGGCAUGAAUCUGAGUGAAGCCAUGAGAAUCUUGGGAGACAGACAGAGAGAACAGGAGGCUGGAGCAGAGAGGCGGCCCUUCAGCAGAACCAGCAUCCCUGGACCCCUGCAGGCAGAUGGUCAGGAUGUUGCCUCUAUACUGCACCUAGUUCACAACCUCAUACAUGAAGAGGAGGAGGAAGAGGACAAGCCCAGCCAACAUAGGAUGCAGAAUGUGGGUGAACAGGGUCACAUAGCCUUGUUGGGUCAUAGCCUGGCAGCCUACAUCUCGGUGUUGGACAGAGAGCGACUGCGGAAGCUGACCACUCGGAUCCUGUCUGACACCACACUGUGGCUCUGCAGACUGUUCAGAUACGAGAGCGGUACAGCCUACUUCCAUGAGGAUGACAGGGAUGGCCUUGUCAAAGUGUGUCGGCUGGUCAUUAAUGCCCGUUAUGAAGAAUAUGCCUCUGACGGCUAUGCAGUCCUCAGCUCCAAACAGCCAGUCAUCUACCAGAGCGCCUCCGGCAGGCCUGGCCUGGGACAGCAUCUGUGCAGCCAGCUCGGACUGCCUCUUUCUAGUUUGUGCACAGUGCCAUGCAAUACCAUCUUUGGAUCCCAACACCAAAUGGACGUUGCACUGUUGGACAAACUAAUCAAAGAGGACAUAGAAGCUAAGAAGCUUCCUUUGCUGUUGAUCGCCAAUGCAGGUACCCCUGGGGCAGGACAUACAGACAAGUUGGGUCGUCUGAAGGACCUGUGUGAUCAGUACAACAUGUGGCUCCAUGUGGAGGGGGUCAACCUGGCAACCCUAGCAUUGGGUCAGGCCACCUCUACUAUCACGGCAGCCACCAGAAGUGACAGUAUGACACUGACACCAGGUCAGUGGCUGGGACUGCCGGCUGUAACUGCUGUCACUCUCUACAGACAUGAAGACCCAGCACUGUCUCUGGCAGCAGGUUUGACCUCCAGCCAGCCGGUGGCGAAGCUGCGAGCGCUGCCUCUCUGGCUGUCCCUGCAGUACCUUGGUCACAAUGGAAUUGUUCAAAAGAUCAGACACGCCACCGCUCUGAGCCAGCAGCUCCUGCAGAAGCUGAAAACUCUGGCCUCCAUCAAAACAUCGGUGGAGGAUGAACACAGCUCUCCUGUGGUGCUGUUCAAGUUUUCCCAGGAAAUGAGUUCUGCAUCUAGUCGGGGUUCUGUGGAAGGAUACUGUACCGGGGAGAAAGAGGGGCUCGAUGCUUUCAACAGAUGGCUGGGUGAACAGCUGGUCCAGCUGGUUCCCAACAGUGGGAUAGAUGUGGUGGAGCUUGAAGACGAGGGUAUAUGUGUUCGCUUCAGUCCCCUCCUGACUGCUGCAGUUCUGGGGACCCAGCAGGAGCACGUUGAGGACCUGGUGGAAAAGCUGUCAGACCUGGUGCCUGUGAUGAGCUCCACAUUGUGCCUCAGACAGGGCUUCAGAGAGGAAACCCACCGACACUCACCCUCGCUCACUUACAUAGAGGAGCCCAGCUGGCCCGGCCUGGGUGCUGUCCGGUACGAGCCUCAGGCUGAAGGAGUGGAUGAGAGCAGGAGGAAGCAGGAGCUGGAGAAAAUCAACACCGAGCUGCUGAAAAAACUUCAAGACCUCGACACUGACAUCAUCUUCUCAACCGGCCGUGAGUUUGAGGGGGACUGUAUCUUUGUCGGUAUGGUCACUGACGACAUUGAUGUUUCAGAGCUGGUGGAUACAAUAGCUGCUCUCGGGAGGGACAUAGAGGAGAGCGGAAGGCUGUUGGAGAACAUGACGGAGGUGGUGAGGAAAGGCAUCCUGGAGGCAGAGCUGCAGCUGCAAAAGGCCAAUGAGGAGAAACUCAUGGAAGAGGGGAUGAUUAGGCAGAUUCCUCUGGUUGGCUCUGUGUUAAACUGGUUCUCUCCAGUUCAAAGCUCCAUAAAGGGCAGGACCUUCAACCUGGCUGCAGGUUCACUAGACUCCACUGAGGUGACAUACUCCACCAAGGCCCAGACAGGCAGGCCGUCCCUGCAAGACACUCCAACCUCUGCAUCAAAGAGACUGCCAGGUCAGAGGUUAUUCCGCCGCUCAGCUGCAGGCUCCGACUCCUUUAGUGAGUCCAGCUCCAUUGGACAAGCUGAGGAGACAACCGGGGAAGGGAAUACCAGUCUGAAUAGUAGCAUCCAUCCACCCACCUUUCCACCUGACCCUGAGGAGGACUCACACACUGCAAGUGAUGUCACACCAAAGAACAUCCAGGAGGCUUCUGCACAAGGACACACACAAGUGGAGGCUGACGUGGCCUCAGAGGAGAGGCAGCCUGAAGGCCAGGAGGUGGAGCAGAGUGGAAGAUAGGAUGACUCCUUCUGCACGCGUCCUCCAACUGUACUCUAAAGGGUAACAGGCUAACAGAUGGUAAAAAGAAGGGUGUUCUUACAUUUUGAAUCUAACUCUUCCUGUUUUGAAGGGAAAACAGAUGGAGCUGUUCUGUUUCAGGACAGCAAGGAUGUCACAGUUAUUGGGAAAAUCCGCCCCUGCUUAAUCUUUUGCUGUGAUGCUUAGUUUAGGGCAUUCUGGUUAUUUAGGGAUAUAGUGUUCUAAUAUGAUAUUUUUACUCUGCUUGUUGCUGCAGCAUUCUGAGAAAUGUGUUUUCACACAAUUGUUCAAAGGCCUCCUAACCACUCCCAGAAUUAGGCAAGAAAGUGUUGCUUUCAUUCCAAAGUGUGUUGGCAUACAUAACACUGUAUUAUUAUACAUGUUAGUGAAAUGAGCAGUUAUGGGCAAUGAAAUAUACGUGCCUCCUCUGUUGUCAGACUGCUUUGUAGCUGCACUAUAAAUUAUCUUGACAGAUCAUGUCACCUCUGAUUAGGCAUGUAUUCACAGGGAGAACAAGAAUGCACUAAACAGCAGAGAGAAGUGUGGCGGAUUUUUCCUUUAUUGGUAGAAAGUUUUUUUUUUAUCUGUUGAUGACUUUGGGGUGUCAUGUUGGAUUCCAGAGCAGAGGAGCGCCAUAUUGCACACAGUCUCUUUAGCUUUAAAGAGAAAUAUGAUUGGUUGUGGACCAGAGUCUCCAUUUGAUACUCCGUUCUCUUUAACACUCAACUGGAACUAAAGCAGCUCAAUAUUGAAACGGUGAGUGUCACUGCAAUUAAAAUGUUUAGAUUCAACACUGUAAAUAGUCUGCAUAGAUUAUAUAUAUCUGACCCACCCAAUUAUUCAAUAUAAUUAUUUAUAAUAAAAUAAAUCAUAAUCAAAAUAAACAAAGCAUCAUAAUAAAAAAUGCCUGCUGAUAAUAGCAGUCACCUGCUGACGAGCUUUAAACACUCCAUUCAUGUGGGCACUGCCCAACAAUCACUGCUGGAGAAAAAUAAAGAUUUUGAGAAAAAAAACACAAUGUUAUGAGAAAAAAAGAGUUGUGAUUUCAUUAGUAAAAGUCACAAAAAUAGUUUAAUUAAUUUAAAGUUAGGUCAUAAAAGAAUGAAGUUGUAAUUUUACAUGAUACAAAAGUGUAGAAAAAGUCAUAUUACAAGAUGAAAAAAGUAUAUAAGGUGUUUAAGAGUCUGGGUUGUUAUAUUUAGAGACAUGCACACAUUCUUGAUUAUACACAUAAACAAAAAAAACAUUCUUCCAGUUGAAUACAGCUCCGGCGUGUGUGUUCCACUGUGACACAGAGUCCUGUCAGACUGAGCUCAGCAAGAUACCAGAGGAUUCACUCAUAUGCGUAGCUGCUAUCAUUUAAUGUCAGUGCAAGGUGCUUACUGAUGAAACUUAAAAGCUUGAGAUCCUUCACUCAUAACUCAUAAAUAUCCCAUAAUUUUACACAUGUAUUCUCCAAAAGUUACAAAUCUCUCUCGUUAAAUUAAGACUUUGUUCCCAUAAUAUCAUGACCUAUUCUGUUUCAUUGUUAUCACUUUUUUUCUUGAAAUUAGAAAUUUUCUUGAAACAGUGGUUCCAAAUAUUGUGACUUCUUUCUCAAAAUCUCAAAGUUCUGUUAUAUCAGUGGCCCUGCUACUCCAUUGUACAGUAUAAAGUGUAGCCACAGCUCCGGGAAUCAGAUUCCCUCUUUAAUUGCACAUGCCGCUGGGGUCAGAGCAGCAGAGUAGCCUGAGCAGAACGUGGCCUUCUGUCGCAGAGCAGCGUUGGUAUAGCUUCAGGGGGAUUUACUGUAUUUGGAAUUAUUCUUUUCUUUGCCAAAAACAUCCUGCCAGACCUGGGUCAAAGUACUUCCUAACCCUUUAAACACUAUCCAGGUGCCAUAUUAGUGGGUCAAAUGGAUGCUUCUUUCUUUGUUUGUUUUGUUUUGGUUUUUGUUUGCUUAUUUGUUCUUUUGUUUGUUUGUCUUUCUUGUUUGAUGAACGUCCCAUCUUCUGCUCUUUGGUAGGAACGAUCACAGAUUGCACAGACUGAUGAUCGUGAACGUGUGUGCAUUUUAUUUCUGUUUCUUUAAACAAAUUGCUCAGAGCAGCUUUUAAGAACAGUUCAUCAUGGUUUGAGCUGUUCCAGUCUGGUUUAGAUAUCUGUAGAUUAUUUUCCAGUGUGUGUGCGCCACACCGGGACAAUGUCACACAAUUUGUUCCAUGGGUGGCUUUGGCCGUCCUUAAUGAAAGUCAGUGGAUCGGGAGAGAAAUGUGGUGAAAUCUGUGGUCGUCAGUCCAAAGUGAGGUCUUAGAUCCCACUAACAACUGAUUUAGAACUUUGGAGACCAACUUCACAAUUGUACAGAGUCAGAAAUUGAGCAUCGAAUUCUCACAAUGUGACUGCUGUCAUGACCCACAUGUACAAAUCAGCCAAUCAGAACACAACAUAAAAUGACAUAAAACAUUGUAGCUGCCCUCAACAUGCCAUCAAAAAUGAUAUCCCACAGUCUGACACAGAUUGUGACCAAGGACAACAUGGGAACAGCAGGAAGUUGAAGUGUUUCAUGAUUUAUGAAUGCACACUUAUUAUGAAUGUGAACCCGUCCCACCUGUGAUGGGAACUUCUUUGAACAUGCAAACAUCUGUCAGCUGAUAUUUAGCAUUUUGAUGCAACUUUACACACUUUACAGUGAGGGAUUAUCAUUGUUUUAUAAGCCUUUUGCAGUUGAAUGGGAAUGAAUGAGCCUCAGAGGGUUAGGCAGAAUGGUUUAGAAUUUGCUCACAUGGAAGUGCCUGAAUAUAACAACGUAACACGAAUUCAACAGAAGGUCUCUUAAGAUUGAAAGCCCAAAACACACAUUUGGCUGGAGUUGUCCUUUUGUACUCUGAGCCAGGUAAUGGUGAAACAUCUACUGUAAAGAGUUGUAAAAUGUGGAUUAAAAACGGUGGUCUGAUAAGGGAUUAACACAGUGAGAAUGAAGAUUCUAAAAUAAUCUCUUUCGGUUUUAUUGCACUUGUUCUGUAGAUAAUGUCUUAACUACUGUUUAUUUAAUUUCUUAAAUAUAUAAAUGAAGCUAAAUCUUCUUAAUGAUUAUUUCUGUUAUGUGAUUAUAAUGCAAAGCUAAAUGAGUAACUUUACAUGUUUGAUGAAGAACUUUUGAUUUGAUAUAAUGAGAUAUCCUGGGCCGUCCUGCCUCUGUCACUGUCUGAAUGAUUGAUUGUAUUUAAUAGGCAGAAUCUUUUCUCUGGAAUGUUUUCUACCAUUAGUUUACAGUACAGAAACACUUUGACAUAUUUUGUCUAAAUUCUUUCUCAACAGAUUAAAUUCCAGGUUUUCUAGCCUUGAUGUCAGGCCACAGCUUUCUGUGUUUAGUUAUAAUCCUAAAUCCUAUGAUCUUUAGUCUUCCUCUGUACUGUUGGGAGUAGGCCAUUCAAUGCAACAGGCAUGUUUGUGGUUCAGUUAGUCAGUAUACAUUAUUAAAAACAUGUGUAAUUGUACCCCACAUGUCUGAAAACAGAGCAAUAAAUGAAACCAACAAGAAAACAAAAACAGUGUCAGGCAUUAAUAACAAAAAGCACAUUUACGGACAAAAUGGAAAAUCAAGUGUGUAUAAAUAAACAGAAUUUUACAAGUGAAGGUAAAGUGGUUUUACUAUAGUCAUAAAACUAAAAGAGGCCGCAGUUGUAAAAUAAAACCGCAAUGCUGGACUUAAAGUAAAUUUACAUAUGUCAGAAACCUGCUUUCAGAAUUCCUGAACAAAAGAAGAUUAAAAAAAAGGAGUCAAACUGAUAAAUUAAAAUGACUGAAAAAUAAUACUGAUGAUAACCAGAGUUGUGGAUUUGAGGCAGACUUCAGUGUUGUACCUCAUGACUUUGUUUGGAUUUCUUUCCGCUCCAGAGUUGCAACAGAGUUGGCUGUUUACUUUCCUGGCAACAGAUAUACUGCGAACUGCACCAGCAGGAGGGACAAUCAGCUCAGAAUUAACAAGUGAUAGUACUUACAGUAGUUACAGGAAUAACACACCAAGACACAAGUGAUCAGUUUGCUUUGAAAUAUCUCCAUGUUCAUUUGACAGUAAUUCAUUCUUAGGAAGUUUUAGUUAAUAUGUAGGUAAAUUUAUCUUACUAACUGAAAAUUUGAAAUUGGCAAUGACUUGUUGAUGGACUUGAAGCCCAAGGGACUUGUGACUUGCAAAACUGUGACUUGCCCAUUUAAAUUCUGCACUGGUAGUAAUAAUUUAAUUUUCAGAUACGCUACCGACACCGCAGCCUAAUUGAAAAUCCUACUGUUGUGAAGCCCCGAGGUGUUACUUCAACUAAUUUUUGGGUCUGGAGUUAGAGGUCUGUGUGUGUGUGUUUUUUUUAAUGGACUAGAUUACAUUGUAAGGCGUUGCUGUUGUUUGUCCACAUCUUUUCCGGGUAGUAAGUCUUGUAUUGCAUUACACUGUAAUAGUGAUGAGUAACUAACCAUGAUCAUAUAAUAAAUUGUUAUAACAAUUAAUAAUAACAUCAUUCUUCAUAUACUGCCAACAAGAGUUGGCUAGUUGUGUCUUUUGGAUUUGAAGUUUAUAUCUCCCCCUGUGAAUGGGCCACUUCCUCUGGUUGAACUGGUAUUUAAAGGUUGGACUGCUUUAAUGCCAGAAGGCAUAUUCAAAACCACAAAAUAUUCUGAGAUUCUUGUUGUUAUAUAUACAAGUAUUAAUUUCAACAGACAUGAUUAUCCCAGAGGAGCAUUAUAGACAAAUGUGUCUUAUUUGUGUUGGACUGAGAGCAAUAAACCAAUAAACUGUGGAUUUAUUUAAUUUCCUCAGUGGAAGUAGUUGACAUUACUUGUUACAAAACUGUGAUACACCUCUUGUGCCCAAAGCUGGUGGAAAUGCAUUAAUGGCUAACAUGAAAAUGAAUGGAAAGGGAAUGACUUUUGAUAAUUAACAGUAAUUGAGAUUGAUGUGUUGCAAAACCAAACGUUUUUAUUAAAUCAUGGAUUCAGGAA